ACGGUUUACCUUUUUUAAAAAUACAUUUAUACAUGUAUUUAAAAUGUAUAUAACUAGCCAGAAAAGCACUAUAUUUUUUUAUAUAAAAUUUAGUCCAUACAACCGUUUACUACUGUGAUAUAGACGUUUAAAAUAACUACCUUGACAACUGAAACUACUUAAUAUGACGAUUUAAUUUUUUUUCUUAGAAAUUAUACAACUGUAUCCAUAUACACAGAUAAGACAGGACCUUAUAACUUUUAAUCAACUGUAACUUGUGGAUCAAGAUUAAACCUUGCAACACUAUAUUUCAAAUCGUGAUCUUCAACAAGUUCUCUAUUAUCUUCAUUCAAACGAAUUAUUUUAUACAUUGAUAUUAUAUACUUAAACUAAUGUCUACAGAUACAUGGAUAUCUUCACAUUGUGAAUUGAAUCAUCUUGUCAAUAUGUCACCAUCAACAUCUACUUCAUCACCAUCAUUAUUGAAUGCUAAUUUUAUGCAACAAUUUUCAAAUGUAUUUCAUAAAUUUUAUUCAUCUGAAACCAGUUCAUUAAUUACAACAAAAUCUAAUGACCCAUACCUGUAUACUAACUAUUUAAGUCAAACUGUAUUAAAUAGUUACAUUAAUAAAGAACAUAAAUUACAAGAUAAUAAUUUACAAAACAUUCAAGAGAUUUUUCAAAAAUUUUUAAAAACUUUUCCACAAUUUGAUAUGGUACAAAAAUCAUUACCAAGUCAAGAAACAUCUACAGAAAGAUCUAUUCAAGAUUUAACAAUGAAUCGUGGUGGACAAUAUGAUUUGAAUAUAUCUGAUUUUAAUUGUAGUAAUACUACAUUAGGUACAUUACCAAGUCCAUCGGAUAAAUCUAGUCCAUAUGAUUCUAGUUUAUGUUAUUCACAGAAUAUUGUAACAGAUAAGAAUGGAUAUCAUAUGAAUAAUCAACAAAUGAAUGAUACUGAAAUUGAAGAAGUGAAUGAAUUCUAUGGUACUUCAGAUUACAUUAAAAUGAAUAAAACAAACAGUUUAUAUACUACUGUACCAUCCGAUACGGUAUUAAAUAGUAUAUAUAAUAUCAAUGGUAAUAUAAAACAAGAUUAUAGAUCUACAGAAAAAUUAGUGAAUCAUUUUCCUGAUCAUUAUCAACAUGAUAAUGAACAGUCGAAUGAUGAACAUUAUGCUAUCAACUUAUCUAUGAAAAAGACAAAUUUAUUUCAAACAAUACCUACUUCACAAUCUGAAAUGAUGAAUCAUAAUCUGGAAACAAAUGAUCCUUCAUUAUCAAAUCCAGCAGUUUAUGAAUACUAUACUAAAUUAAUGCAACUCAGUUAUUUUGAGUGGUUUAAGUAUCUCCUUUGUCAGUCGCCACAAAUAACAGGAAACUCAUCUACCUCAAGUCCUAUACCUCAUUUAAUUCAGAAUAACAAUAUUCGUUAUCCAAACAACAAAUCCUGUGACGUUAAUAGCUUGAAUAAUGUUAACAAUACUAUUCGAAGUAACCACUCUUCAAAGGAUGUUCAAAAUAUAGAUAGAUUAGCAUUUCGUCAUUCUAAUGAAUCUCUUUCAAUUAACUCAGAUAUUUCAGGAUCAACUUAUUCAUAUGAUUUAUCUAAUUUUCCUUGUAACUUGCAGUCUAACUUCUCAUUUAAUAAUCAUCAAACUGCUUUGUUAAAUCGUCUUUCAACAAUUACAUCAACAACACAUCCAUUACCAUCUUAUUCACCAAUACGAAUUACAAAGUCCGGCAUUCAAUCAAUGACAAAAGAUGCUUCAAAAUUAACAAAUGUUUCUAAUAUGAAAUCAAAGAGCUAUUCUGGAAAUCCGAUAAUUUCAAAAUAUUCGAACACAAAAAGUGUUGAUCGUACAUUAAUUAUUAAUGGACCUAACAGUUAUGCUUGUAAACUUUGUUCAAAAGUUUAUUCACAAGCAUCCGCUUUAAAAAUGCAUGUACGUACGCAUACAUUACCAUGUCGAUGUACACAUUGUGGUAAGUCAUUUUCACGUAAAUGGCUUCUUAAAGGACAUGAACGUACACACACUGGUGAAAGACCAUAUUCAUGUAAUGUUUGUAGUCGAUCAUUUGCAGAUCGAUCAAAUCUAAGAGCGCAUAUGCAAACACAUCAACGUGAAAAACGAUAUUCAUGUCCAUAUUGUCCACGUUCAUUUUCACGAAUGGGUCUAUUAAAUAAACAUAUGAUACAAUGUACUCAAAAUACAGAAUCAAACAAUAAUGUUAGCAGUCGAAAAAAUAACAACAUAAUGAAAACAUCAAAUUGUUAUCUUCCUAUCAAAUUUUCUUGAUCCAAAUAUCUAAUUUAAUCAUCAAUAUUCUAUUUAUACAAUGAACAAUUAGUACUUACUUACUUACGCCUGUUACCCCUUCGUGGAGGAGCAUAGGCCGAAUGAACAAUUACUAGUUAGAUAAAAUACUUUACUAAACCUACAUUCAAUGAUAAACAGUAAACUUAGAUAAGUUUAUCAUAAGAUAAAAUGUAUAAAGUAGAUUUGUAGAUAUUUUUUUCAUUAGUCUACAAGUAAUAUAUGUACACAUGUAUAUCUGAUAUUUACUACUAUUUCACCCCUUUGUUUUCCAUCUUAAUCUCAUUACAAAAAUAACUUGCAGAUCAUAUUAUUUUUUUUCUUAGAAAAGGACGUAGAAGGUACUUCUACCUCAUUUACUUUAUAUUGAUGUACAGAUCCAAGAAAACUGUCAUGAAUAUUAUCUACUUAUAUGAAAUAUAUAAUUCAUUUUU